UCUAAUGGGGAACGUCAGUCAAAAUGUUCUAGCCCGACCAUUGGUUCUCAUAAACGUCAAUAAAAGAAAACACCCGCCUCUGAUUGGCCGAGUCCUCUCGGGGGCCGUCUGAAACCUUUGGUUGACGUUGUUGUUGUAAGUGGUGGAGAAAUUACUUUGUCGCUGGUGGUCCGGUUUGGGAUUUUACACACCGUUCUCCAUAUGAGGACACUAAAAAGUUAGAAGUCGUUGGUACUGGAAACGUAUUUGCUACUUACAAGUUGGCACUUGCUGGAAAACUGAAUGGGACGAUGAAAACAACAUCUGCGAGGCCGCUAAAGCUGUGGCUGACAGACUAGCUGAAGGUAGAGGCCGACUCCACCUUAUCCAUUCACUUUGCUGCCCUGUCGGGGAGAGCAGAGUACAGUUUUUUUCUUUCUCUCUCUCUCUCUCUUUCUUUUUAAUGCCUGGAUGCAACCCGCCAACUUGUGAAUUCAUGAUCACAUGACCGUGGAUAUGGACGCAGUCCUGUCCGACUUUGUCCGUUCCACUGGAGCUGAACCGGGAUUGGCCAGAGACCUGCUAGAGGCUACAGAGAAGCGUUUGUCGAGGGGUAUUUCUCAUGCUAGCUCUACCAUCGUUUCUCUGGCCCGCUCUCACGUCUCGAGCACCGGCGGUAGCAGCAACGAGCCUCUUCUGGACACGCCCCUGUGCACUUUCCAACUGCCAGACCUCACUGUGUACCGGGACGACUUCAGGAGCUUCAUUGAGAGGGACCUUAUUGAGCAGUCCAUGAUGGUGGCCUUGGAGCAUGCCGGGCGGCUGAACUGGUGGACAAAAGUGGUUUCAAACUGCCAGAGUCUGCUACCUCUGGCAACAAGCGGAGAUGGAAAUUGCCUCCUGCAUGCAGCCUCGCUCGGACACGGCCUCUCUAAAUGGCAGUUGUGUGUUUGUGUGUGCGCGCCCUUCUUUUCUCCUCAGUCUGGGCUGGUGUACACGGAGGAGGAGUGGCAGAAAGAGUGGAAUGAACUGUUAAAGCUCGCCUCCAGCGAACCGAGAAUACACUACAGCACCAACGGCACCAACGGAGCGGAGUCUUCAGACGAGCCGGUUUAUGAGAGCUUGGAGGAGUUUCACGUCUUUGUCUUGGCUCAUGUCCUUAGAAGGCCCAUCGUGGUGGUCGCUGACACCAUGCUGAGGGACUCGGGAGGAGAGGCUUUUGCUCCCAUCCCAUUCGGAGGCAUCUACCUACCGCUGGAAGUGCCAGCUGCCAAGUGCCACCGCUCUCCGCUGGUCCUGGCAUACGAUCAGGCGCACUUCUCUGCUCUGGUCUCCAUGGAACAGAAGGACAGCUCCAAAGAGCAAGCAGUUGUGAUCCCUCUCACUGACUCAGAGCACAAAAUGCUGCCACUGCACUUUGCUGUGGAUCCAGGGAAGGACUGGGAGUGGGGGAAAGAUGACACAGACAACGUGAUGCUAGCAAGCGUGGCUCUUUCUUUGGAGGCCAAGCUCCAGAUGUUGCACAGCUACAUGACGGUCACCUGGCUGCCCCUGCCAUGCGAGCAAGCCCCGCUAGCCCAGCCGGAGUCUCCCACGGCAUCAGCUGGAGAAGAUGCCCGGUCGCCUCCCGACUCCGGAGAAUCGGACAAGGAGUCUGUCAGCAGCAGCUCCAACGGCAACGGAGACACAACCACAGGAUCAACAGUCAAUGGAGGGGGAUCUUUGGCCAAGAACAGCUCCUCCUCUUCAUCUAGUUCAUCCAGCAGUGGAUCAGCAGGGAAGGACAAAACCAAGAAGGAGAAGGACAAGGAUAAAGACAAGAAGAGGGCAGACUCUGUGGCCAAUAAGCUUGGCAGUUUUGGAAAGAGCCUGGGCAGCAAGUUUAAGAAAAACGUGGGUGGGCUGAUGCCAGGAAAAAAUGUUGGAGCUGGAGGUGCCAAGCAAGAGGGUGGGGAGAAGAAGAAAGGCUCAUUUAGAGGGAGGAAGGGCAGCAAGGAUAGCUCGCCUUCAGCCCACGCCUCUGAGGAUUCUGGGAAAGGCUCUCCCUCCUCGGGCAGCGAGCGUCUCAAUGGAGCCGGGAGCAGCAUGAGCAGCAGCGGCGGGAGCAGCACUGAGAGCGAGCCCUACAAGUACAGCGCCGAUGUGAAGGUCAGCCUCGGCAUCCUGCGGGCCGCCAUGCAGGGGGAGAGGAAGUUCAUCUUUGCCAGCCUCCUCACCACCAGCAACAGGCAGCCCUUCCAGGAGGAGAUGAUCCAGCGUUACCUCGCCGAUGCAGAGGAGCGCUUCCGGGCUGAGCAGGAACAACAGCGCCGCGAGGCAGAGAGGAAAAGCAUCGCUAACAGCCUCCAACCCCCCAAGAAGGAGGUGGUUGGUUGUUCAGAGCUAAGUUACCGGCCUUACGAGCCCAAAGAGGAGCUAUCGGAGAACUCGUCGCCUUCCUUCAACACGCUUAAGCUGUCUCCUUUGAGUCCCUCUAUGUACUCGGCUGUUGUGCCCAUCCCCCGGCCCUCCUUCAUUGACCAGCCUCUUCCUGCAGCCCCCCUGACCCAGCAUCUUCACAUGCAUAGCUACGUUGAUAAUCGACGCCAGCUAGCUGGUGGCUCCUCGGCAAUCUCUUACCCUGGCCUCCCCUCGUAUGCAACCCUCCCCCGGCACGGCCCCACAGCACAGCCUCCCUCCCAUCCCCAGUACAAUAACUCGCAAGGCCCCUCCUCCCUCAGUCCUUCCCGCCUCGCGCCCUCAUAUCCCCCUGAAUUCGACCCACCGGACUACCCUGGGGCUGAACUCACCACUGGGAACUACACCAACGGCUUCCGGGACAUGAGCUCCAAUCUAGACUGUCGGAACGGGCAGCCCCCUGUCAGACACUACUCGUUGGGCAGCGCCAGCGGAUUGGCCGGCCUGCAGUCCAGCCGCUGUCGGACACCCAACUGCAACUACUACGGACACCCCGAGACGGGCAACUACUGCUCCUACUGUUACCGGGAAGAGCUGAAGAAGAGGGAGACAGAACCGGCCAUCCACAGGUUCUGAGCAGACCCCCGUUGUGGCUUGAAUUUGACGAGUGGCCUUUUUCACGACUGGAGCAGAUCAGCCUGUGGAUGGACGAGGGAAAGGGCAACCGCCUCCCUCAUCUUUUAUUCUUAGCCGUGUCAUUACCUGUUGAAAGUACCAAGCGAGGCUACGUAACUACAGGAUACGCAAGGUGGUCUUUGACUGCCAGGGUCACGUUAGACCGUAGAGUAAACUGCACUUCUGUUACAUUUUGCUGUGGCUCUUAUGCAGGCGUUGUGUACGAGUGUGUGUGUGUGUGUGUGUCUGUGUGUGUGCGCGCGUGCGUGAGAGAGAGAACUACAAACUCUCCUCAAGUCUUGGAGUUGGAACGCCUUGCUACUAUCUCCUCCUAGUGGAGCGAAUGUAUAUGGCAGGCAUCAUACAUGACACUCAUCAAUACAUGUACAGAACACACAUCCACACUAAGUAAUGCUUACACUACAACAUAAACAGAGAUGCAAGCACAAACGGAAAAGGCGUGAGCGUCUCUGCUCCAUUUCUAUUCUUCAUUAAGGGAUGUUUGAAGUCACGUCUGGUUAUAAGGUGAUUUCAGUGUUACAGACACAGAUAUUAACACUAUUAUCAUUAGAUGCUUGUACCUCGGGAAACAGCACAAUUAAUCCUCGUCGAGUUGCUUUUUUCUCCUCUUUUGUCGCAUAAAAUGCACACUGAAACUGUCGUGUGAUGCUCAUGAUAGGCGUUCUGUAGGCUGCUGCGGUGCUAAUGUUACAGAACGCGUUUAAGACGACUGCUCUGCACUGCACUCAUUCGGGCAAAGUAACUAUCACUUAAAUAAAUCUGCAUUUUUGUCCAAUGCUGUAAAUUGGAUUAUGAAGAUGUCAGCCCCCCCCUUUUUUUUUCUUUAACAUUAAGAGCUAUUGACCAGGUCACAUGAUUGACCAGGCAUCAUAGAUCAAAGACAAGAUAGGAACAUAGUACGAUGGUAAGGUACUGUCCCGGUCCAGAGUAUUUCUUCUGUUUGUUGGAAUGUUUUUCUUUUUGUACUCGGGUCUUCCUGUUUCCUGUUACGAUGGUUGAUGUUUGUGU